CUCCCCUCCCCCCAUCCCGCUCGUCCUCCUUGAGGAGUCGAAAGGACAGGCAGUCUCCGACGUGCGGGCGACUAUCCCUUUCCUCCGAGGAACAUCCCAUUAAUCAAGGGCGACAUUUUGUCCAUUACCGCGGCGGCAGCAGCUUUCCAGGAUACUUUCGGAAUCUGGAACUCGGUCGUCAAGGUCACCCCGGCUCGUGGUACCCAGGAAUAUUGCUGGGGGGAGAGGGUAACGAAUAACCAGCAAUGAGUACCACGGACCCCAGCGGGGAGGGUGGAGGAGGGGGAGGAGGAGGAGGAGGAGGAGGAGGAGGAGAGGGUGCUACGACGACAAAUGUCGAGCAGAAUGCAUCCCCGAGCACGCCGAUCACCGGCACUAUCGUGCCGGUACAGGCGGCCGCUCAGCAGCAACAGCAACAGCAACAGCAUCCGCCGCCAUCGCCUCUGAGCGGUUGCUACCUUCUCGUGGUGCUUCCUGAGCCUCAUACCGCACAACACAAGGACCUCAUCUUGAAUCGCCUCGCGAAAGGUUUUCUGUCAUGGGACAAGGACAGUUGUCACGUAGAUCUGGAGAAGGAAUUAUUGGCCUUGGUAGCCCAAGCCCCCGAAGGCGAGGAAGCCAGAAACGGCGAAAGGUUGAUCCAAUAUGCUACCGAGAACCUCGUAACGGAGGUUCUCAUUCAUCCGCAAACGAAUACGUUGCUACAGUGUAUUCGCAAUCUUCUUGCUAGCUUCACGAAACAUCGGCACAUCAUACACGCUGGAUACACAUUCGGUGGUAAUGGUUCCUGGAUACUGCAGGAUGGAACCUUCAGUCUCGCAGACUUUCUGGAUGCGUUCAGUGAACAUGAGGUGCAAAGAGUCCUUCGUGCCUACGAGAAUAGCGUUACCGUAGAUAUACACUGUGCGGGUGUUGGUGAUUGGACAACAAAUCGAUUAUCUAAGGAAGCCUGUUGCAGAUCUUGCAGAGUCAGAGUGAAUCCCGACGAUGUUCUCACAGCUGGCGUACCGGCCAUCAUGAGUUUUACGAAUUACAUCGGACAGUAUCUCGUACCGCAAACACUGGACCAGCUAAUGGAACCGUCCGACGUCGUUGGGAAUAUUAGAUUUAGCCAUCCAACUUUAUACGUCUUCCCCGGUGGGCAAGGUGACGCCGCGCUUUUCGGUAUAAACGGCUUCAACAUGCUCGUCGACGGCGGUUUCGCCAGGAAAGCGUGCUUCUGGGACUUCACCAGGCAUCUGGACCGAUUGGAUGCUGUUCUAGUCACUAGGAUAAAUAAUAGCAACAUCGGCGGCAUGUUCAGCGUUCUUCGUAAGAAGAAGGAGAUGCAUGUCUAUCCUCAAAUCGGCCAUUUCUUCUGUAACUUAGUCGAAAGAAGACAAUCAAAUUCACCCGAUGGCGAUAAGGAUAUCGAUCCGCUCAUACUCAAUUUGACUGACAUCGGUCAAGAGAUGGUGGUCAAUCUUCGACAUAUAAAUCUCCGCGCUCAUCCUUGCUACAGAGAUCCCGAUCCGAUUAACCUUUAUCACAAAGUGGGCCAUGGUACACUAGACAUGUACGUGCUCAGUCCGAGCAAGGAUAGUCGUGAGGUGCGUGAGUUCCUAGCGAAGUGGCACGCAUCGGACUCAAAGCUGUUUGCAGGUUCUCACAAGAAAGAUUCGAACAAUCUCACAUUCCCGAUCCAAAAUCUCGUGUCGAUAUGCGCACUUUUAGUUUGGCAGCCGGCCAAUCCUGAAGACAAUAUCACCCGAAUUCUUUUCCCUGGUAGCACACCGCAGCACAAGAUUUUCGAAGGUUUUGAACGACUUAAACAUCUAGACUUUCUGAAGCAUCCAGUAUGUUCAGCAAAGUCGCUAUCACCAUCAACAUCCCUAGCGAUGCUUAGACCGGCCAAGCAGAAACUCAGUCUUAUCGAGAAGGAGCCCAAGAAAGUUUCAGAGCCAAAGAAAGAAAAGAGAGAACCAUCAGAGCCCAAGACUGCGGACGAGGUUGUACCCAAGAGUACUCCUCAGUCGACACCGAUUAUACCGACAAGUAAGCCCAAGACCGAGAUAAAAACAAAGAAAGUCAUAGAAAAUAAAAAGCUCGAGACCGAGACGAAGGAGAAGAAGAUUGAGAAAGAACUGAAAGAGGUAAAGAAGGAAUCGAAGAAAGAACCAGUUAAAGUGGAGAAGCCCGAAAAACGGGAGGACGAUGUUAAAAAGACUGAUUUAAUCAAAUCGGAAGCUGAGAAGACAAUUAAAGAAACUAAGGAACCUAAAGAACCUAAGGAACCUAAGGAACCUAAGGAACCUAAGGAACCUAAGGAACUUAAGGAACCUAAGGAACCAAAAGAAUCUAAGGAACCUAAGGAACCAAAACCCAAGCCCGAGCCAAAGAAGAAAGAACCGAAAGAAAGCAAAGUUGCGGCGAAGAUUGAAAUGAAGAAGAGCGAAGUAACGUCGAAGCCGAAGCCGAUCGAAAAGAAAAUCAAACCUUCCGGUGCGGAGAAAAAAGAUGCCGUGAAGUCGUCCCCGACUACCCCGAAGAAAAUUUUGAACGGUGCCGCAACGAAGACGGAGAUAUCAAAGACUGUGUCGAAGGCAAAACCGGCGGCCAAAGUCACUCCAAGUCUUCCAGCCAAGAGCGCCAAAGAAGCCAAUAACAGGAAGGUGGUGGAGCAGAAGAAAUCGGAAAUCGAGAAAUCCGCCGUAAAGGAUACCACGCCCGUCGUCAAGGUGUCCGCGAAGCCUAAACCGAUGGAUAGAAAACCGAUCAGCCGUCGUACGAAACCGGUCAGCCCCAGCAAAGCCCGUAUGCCAGGCAGUCCAGCGAAAUCUACUCGCAGCACUCCAACUGCUUCUGUAAAGUCGGACAAAGAUGGCAUUAUUCGUAAAGCAAAGGGUGACAAAGGCACUACCGAUUCGUCCACGGUUUCCACUCCAUCCGGCAUAGAACCAGAGGUCAUAAAACCAAUUGAUAAAAGCUUAAUCGAGCAAUCUGAAGAUAUAUCACUGGAUUCUAUAGAGAGUAAAGUGCUGGCCGAUCUUAAAGAAGAGCGAGAGGUAGUCGAGGAGAUUGAAGCCGUUUUACAGAAAGCAGAGAGAAUCGAGGAGAUCCGAAAGGACGAUCGUUUUGAGGGUGAUGAUGAAAUUACAGCUGAGGCUACUGAUAAAAAGGAAGAAGACAUCACGGAGGAAGACGUCACCGCCGAGAUCGAAGAUGUGCCUAAGAAGGAAGGGUCCAGAAAAGAGAGCCAAGAAUUAACUGAGGAAGACGAGUAUCUUAUUGUGGAGAAGGAAGAGGUUUAUACCGAGGAUUCUGCUCAAAGUGGCGAAGGCGAACAAAAACACGUUCUCGACGAAGCCCAGUCAGAAAAAGCAAAGAUUGCGAAAGAUGUGGAAACGAUGAAGGAAAAAGGCGAGAAGGAAGAACCUGAAGAGAAAGGGAAGGAUGAUAGUCCGGAAAAGAAGAUAGAAAAGGCUAAAGGCGAAAAAGAAAUUGCUGAAAUAUCCUCAGAACAUAAGGAGCAAUUACAGGAAGAAGUAAAAGAGAUAAUAGCUUCCGCAGCUGAAAUUGUACAGAAAGCCGAAGAGAAAGAUGACUCUGGUAAGAAGGACAGUGAAGAUGUUACAAAGGAGGCAUCGAGUCUCAGUCCGGAUAAAUUGGAUUCAUCGGAGAAAAAGACGACCGAUACGGACAUAAAACCGGACGUCGAUCAGAAAGAGAAUAUUGUCGAAAAGAUGGAAGAAUCUCAGGAACGAAUCUCGACAAUCGAAUCAGGAGCCACUACAACUGCUCCAACUUUGCCUGAAGACGAGCGAAUACCAUUGGACGAAAUAAAGGAGGACAUUGAUGAGAAACAUGUUAUUGAAGAAGUAAAGGAGAAGGAUGCGCCUGCAAAGCUGAAGAAGGAAGUCGUUCCGGAAACUAUUCCCGCGGUCGUUAAGCCAGAUGUCAAGGUAUUCGACGUUCGUCAAACGAUGACGAAUCUGCAAAGAGAUAUCGUUAAAACGCCCGACGAGGUCGCCGAUCUUCCGGUUCAUGAAGAAGUCGAUCCAAAGCUCUACAGAAUGGAAGAUUUUGAGAAGGGGAAAGAGGAAAAGCCAUCAUCAACUCCGCAGGAAGGUAAAGAACUGCCUACUCCGCCCGCGAAAGAGCAAAAGGGUGUCUUCAGCUUUUUCGGCAAGGUAGCGGAUAAAUUCGAAAAAGGUAUCGAUAAACUGACUAAAAAGACAAAGAAGGAUUCCGAGAAGGAUUCCGAUGAAAAAUCUUCCUCCAAAUCCAGUUCUCCGAAAGAACCAAAAGUCCAAGAGAAGACAUUUUUGGAAGAUGUUGAUAUGGAGAAAAUGUUCCCUAAAAUUGGAAAACCUGUCGACAAACCUGUCGACAAAUCUGAAACUUUCGAAGAAGCGAAGCCGACGAUCACGGAUGUGAAAGUGGCUACGAUUAAAGAAACUACAGCGUUUAUACAGGAAGAGAUAUUGGAUGCACAGAGAAAGAGUGUGCCAGAUAUUGAAGAAAAAGUUCCAACCGACAAAUUGGAUGAACUUAAGAAAGCAGAAACUAAAAUUGAGGAAUCGAUUCUUGCGAAAGAUGUUGAAAGAUUGCCAGUCGUCAUUUCUCCAGUAAAGCCAAUCGAAGAGGAAAUUGCGAAGGAAAUUGAACUUUUGAAGGAAGAAGAUAUUGGAGAGGAUGCAGAAGAGGUAAAAGCUCUUUUGGAAGAAGCCUCGAAAAAGUUUAAAACUGUAAAAGACAGUUUAAGAGAUUCGUUAGAAUCUUUGGAGGAUAAAAUUAAAGAGGAGGAGAUAGCCGAGGUGCAUGAAAUGCCAUCGGACCUGAAAGAUACAGUGAAGAGUACCUUAGCAGGAGUAGUUGAGAAAUUAGAAGAGAUAAAGCCGCACAUUGAAGACCAUUUGCCGGACAUAAAGGAACCGGAGAAAGUCAAGUUUGACAUACCAAAGGAUGAAGAAUUUGAAGAGGAAUACGAAGAAGAACCAGAAGGACCAUAUAGAGAUAUGAAGGAAGCUAUGAGGGAUGUUGGAGAAGUCCUUGCCGGUACUGCUGGAAUUGAUAUUGAAGAUAAACCUAAAGACGUCAUAGAAAUCGUGAAGAAAGUCGCCGAGGUUCUCAGAGAAGACGAUUUUCUUUCCGAAAAAUCAUUAUUUGAUCAAGCUCCUAAGGAAGAAGAAAUAUCACCGAUUUCAACGGACAGAAAACCAUCGAAAGAAGAGAUCUUACCGAUUUCGACGGACAGAAAACCAUCGAAAGAAGAAAUCUCCCCAAUUUCGAUAGAAAGAAAGCCUUCUAUACCUAGUGAAAAAAUAUCUCCGGAACAGAUCGCUAUAUUAGAAGAGAAAGAAACUAAACUCGCGCACGAAGACGUGAUACCAAAGCAGGUCGGUAUCACCGAAGAAUUCCCGGUUCACGAAGAGGUCGAAGAACUUAUCGAAAAGCCCGACAAACUUUUGUCACUGUACGAGAAACCUGGUGCUAUUGAGGUAAAAGAAGAGCCUUGUACGAAAGUGAUGAAAGACAAAAAAGACAUAAUAACAUCGCCUGUGAAAGAUGUAGCGAAGGAUAAACAAGGCGCGCAAAAGAUUUGUGCAGAGAUGUUAAAGGAUGAUCAACAUGUUUGCGAGAAAUCGGUCGAUGAUGAUAUGUCUCGGUUUGACGUGAUGCAAGCCGGUGUCGAGAGCGUAUGCGUGAAGAAACUUGCGAAAGAGCCAUCUUUCGAGGGGAAGGCGGAGGACGAGAUAGAGGAGCCUGUGAUUGGUUUCGAACAAAAAGUUUCGCCGGCGAAAGCGGAAAUAGUGAUGGUGACUCCUGGUUCUACGCCAACAUCGCCAAAGUUUGUCGCGGACAAGAUAUACGAUGAAGGAUUAGAGAUUGGUGGUUUUCGAGAAUCUCCCAAGCUGCCCGAAGAUGUCAAGCAAGUUCUCAGCAAGGAAGUACCCGUCGAAGAAAUAAUCGAAGAAUUGAUUAUCACAAAAAAGAAGAAAAUUACUAUUGAAGUGAUUGAAUACAUCACUGUAGUGAAACGCAUUCCGAGAGGACGUGUGAUUUAUAUUAUUGAAGAAAUUAUCAUGAAGAAAGGACUUCCCAAGGAAAGCGUGGUCGAUGAUCUUGAGAUUUUGAGGCUAAAGGAAUCUAUUACGUCUGAGAAGAGAAUGGAGAUUGAGGAAUAUAUUAUCAAUGAAUAUAUUAUCAAGGGAAAGCGAAUUACUAUAGAAGUGGUCGAGGAAAUCUCAAUUAAAAAAGUUGUGCCUAAAAAAAUUGUCAUUGAAAUCAUUGAAGAGAUCAUUAUCAAGAGAAAGAUCGCUAAGCACAUGGUAUUGGACGUUCCUGAACAAGUGUUAUCCGAAAUAAUUAAAGAAGAACCAGCAAAAGACUCGCCGGAGGAACAGAUAGCAUCGAAAGAUAUAACUGCAAAACGAGAGUCAAUUGCUGAAAUUCCUGAAACUCUAAUCGAAGAGAAAGAUUUGUCUAAGAAGCAAACAGAAAUCGAGGAAUUUAUUGUCAAUGAGUACGUUACUAAGGGGAAAAAAAUCACCGCAUCGACAAUCGAUGAAAUUUCUGCAAAGAAGACCGUGCCCAAACAAAUUCUUAUCGAAAUUAUCGAAGAGAUUAUUAAAAAAAAGAUUCCCAGGGAUACGGUACUUGAUAUAACGGAGAAAGAAUUAUUAGAAAUAUCCAAAAGAACACCUGAGGAUGAAAAAGAAAAAUCAACUAUUGAAGCUCCUAGCAUAAAGAUUCCGGAAAUUGAAGAAUCGAUAACUUCGCAAGAAAGAGCAGAAGUUGAAGAAUACAUUAUUAAUGAAUAUGUUACUAAGGGAAGUAACAUUAAUAUUAAAACACUUGAAGAAAUCUGUAGUAAAAAGAAAAUGCCUAAGAAAAUGAUAAUCGAGAUUAUAGAAGAAAUUAUCAUUAAAAGAAAAAUGCCGAGGCACGUGUUACUUAGCAUAACUGAAGAUGAAUUAUCGCGCAUUGUCGAGGAGGAAAUCUCAGAAGAACAAGUUUUGGCUGAGAAAAGAAAAUCGAUCUCUGAAGUAUCCAGCACUGAAGAGAAAAAAAGUCCAAUUGAGUUAAAAGAGGGCAAGAGGGACAUUGGGCAAGAAAUGAGUACUGAAGAAGAAUUAUCGGCUGCAUCUGAAGAGGAAGACAUCGAGAAGGAAGUGGAUGGAUUUGUCAGCAUACCAAGGAUUUCUGAUGCAACUGACGCAAAAAAGAAAUCGAUCCCAGAGAUUUCGCCUCUGGUUGCGAAAGAACAUGAGAAAGAUGUGAUUGAUGAUUUCGAAGCUGUCGAACAGGAAUAUAAAGUGCGAGAUAUACCAAUCACAUCUCCUGAAAAAGCGGAUGAAAUGAAAGAAAAGGAAGAUGUUGAAGAAGCCGCAGAAGAUACUGUAAGUGAAGUGAUCGAGGCAGACGAAAAGUUUGUGCAAGAAACCAAGGGAAAAGUGGGGAAAGAGGAGCCUCAGAUCGCGAAAGACACUAAACCCGCUGAUGAGAAACGAGAACCUGAAGAACCAGAAGCGUCUGACAUAUCAGAUAUCGUUGAUACUACCGAGAAAUACUUGGAUGAGGCUAAGGAAAAGACAGAUGACAUUCUUUUGAAAGAGACUGCGAAAUUGCCAUUAGUAUUCGAGAAGCCGGAGAAAUCCUUAAUUGAAGAAUCAAGUAAGGAAAUAUCGAAAGAUCUCUCUGAUAAACAUCCAUCAAUGGAUAUAUCAGAAACUAUUAUUAAAUCAACCACGCCAAGUCCAAAGGUAAUUGAUGAGAAGGUAGAGAUGAAAGAAAUUGAACUUGCGAUCAAAGAAAAAGAAAAAGAAGAACCACAACUUGCAACAAAAGACGAUAAAUCAAAACCAACAAGUCCAAGUAAAAGUGAAACAUUGAAAGAUAUCGCGUAUCCUAUUGAAAAAGUUUCUGAAGAAGUAAAGUCAGAAACGAAACUUGCAGAUGCAACAGGCUUUACACAAGAGCCGAAAGUAGAUCUAUUUGAUGACGAUAAGAAACCUAAAUUAUUAGAUACUACAGAGAUGAAGGAAACUUCAGUAAUUAAAGAAGAGAAAAGUCCUCAAGAAAAAUUAUCAACAAGUAUACCUCCAAAAAUUGACGAUGGCACUGUCAAAAGGAUGCUGGUUACAGCAUGCAGCGAGGAUGGCAGGGAAGAAACAGAAAUUUGUCCAACCGGCAGUAUAAUCUUCACAAAGACCAUCACUCCGGACGAUUCUCUUAAGGACGCAUCUAUUAAAUCUACACCGGAUAAAGAUUCUUUACUUAUAGAUAAAGAUUCGCACUCGGGUGUGAGCACUCCGGAGAAAGAUAGUAUUUCCGAAAAGUCUAUACCGGAAAGCAAGGAUAAAGUCACUCCGGAAGACAGCUUAGAAAAAUCACCCGUUGGUCCUCGCGAUUCACAAGAUCUUGAAGAUAGUUUAGAAAAAUCGGAAUUGCAUAAACUAAUGUCUGAGAAAUUGGAAGAUGUUACAAAGCCGAAAUCACCCGAGGAGAAAGAAGAUUUGAAAGUGUCGGAUAAAAUUAUAGAAAAAGAUAAAUCAAAGGAAGAACCUAAGGAAGAACAAAAAGAACCGAUAGCUACCGCAGAAGAAAUUAAGAAAAUCAAAUCUCCGAUUGAAGAAAAGAUCGAGAAACCUAGUUCUCCUAUUGAAAAAAUCGAGAAAUCACGAUCUCCUUCACCGCUUGAAAUGAAACACGAAGAUAUACAGAAGCCAGAAUCAUCUUUUGAUAAGAAAUCUCCAGUAGAAUCAGCUGAGAAACCGACACUUCCAAUCGAGAAGGUGCUUCCAGAAUCUAAAAAAGAAGGAACGAUCGGUCUUCCGAAAACACCUGAAUCGCUUCAUUCAGAGGACGUUUCACCAGCCGAAACAAUUUUCUCGAAGUCACCUACAGAUAAACCUGAAAUGCAUUUUGCUAAGGCACCUAUUAGUGAAGAAGAUAUUGCUGCCGAAGAAAUCAUUAAAAAAUUACCUGAACCCGUUAGAGAAAUUAAACCAGACGUAGACAAAGAAUUACCGAUAUCUUUAGAGAAAUCAAAAGAAUUGGACGAUAAAAUUGCCACAGAUGUUAAACAAUUAGAGAAACUAGAAGAGAAAGAAUCAGUGGAUAAACCCACGAGUAUUGCUAGUGAACAAUCCGAGCAGGAUAUUAAAUUUCUCGAUAAGUCCCUUAGUAUUCUAAGUGAUAAAGCUGAUGAAAAAGAAACUGAUAAACCGAAAUCGCCUAGUGUCUGUGUUGAGAAGGAAACGAUAAGUGAGAAAUUGCCUAUUUUCGAGAGUGAACAUUACGAUGAACAGGGACCAAUUGACAGAGCUAGAUCUCCAAGUGCGAUCAGCGAUAAAUCCGAUGAAAAGAAGGAGGCCGAACGUUCGAAGUCACCGAGCAUAGCCGCGGAUAAGCCGGACCUUCAAGAUGUAACGGAGAGUUAUUAAAAACCAAAAUCCCCUAUUUUUGAUAGGCCAGAUUCGCCUAAAGCUAUUGAUAAGACUGAAGAACCACAUGAUAAAGAUAGAUCUCCCAGUGUAGCUAGUGAUAAAUCAGAUAGCAAAAAAGUAAGUGACCGUUCUAGAUCACCGAGCAUUUCUGUAGAAAAAAUAGAUUCCAAAGAUAUGGAUUUACCAAUCGAGAGAACCCGAUCGCCUAGUGUCACAAGCGUUAAAGAUGACAAAUCAGAACAGCUUCCAGUGUCGAAAUCAUCCGACGAUAAAGCCGAAGUACUAAAGGACACGUUAAAAUCUUCGAAACUUGAUGAAGACAAAGCAGACUUGAAAGAUGCAACGCAACCAUCAGACAAAUCCCGAUCACCGAGUAUUGCGAGUGCUAUUAGCGAAUCUAAAGAAUCAGAACGCUCAAAGUCACCGAGUAUUGCUGAUGAAAAGCUAGACUCGAAGAACGUUGCGGAACAACCGCUUGAUAAAUCACGAUCACCGAGCAUAAGUGUUACGGGAGAGCAAAUAGAUGCGCCUCUUGAUAAAUCUAGAUCGCCCAGUAUGGUGAGUACGACGAGUACACAAAAGGAAUUGGCGGAUCGUUCAAAGUCACCCAGUAUUGCGGGCGAAAAACCGGAUAUGAAAGAUAUGUCGGAAAUGCCAACGGAGAAGUCAAGAUCUCCAAGUGUUAUUAGCGUUACAACUGAGCAAAAGGAGGAACCUACUGAUCGUUCGAAAUCACCCAGUGUUGCCGGUGAAAAACCGGAUAUGAAAGAUGUGUCGGAAAUGCCAACGGAGAAGUCAACAUCUCCAAGUGCCAUUAGCGUUACGACUGAGCAAAAGGAGGAACCUGCUGAUCGUUCGAAAUCACCCAGUGUUGCUGGUGAAAAACCGGAUAUGAAAGAUGCAUCGGAAAUGCCAACGGAGAAGUCAACAUCUCCCAGUGUCAUUAGUGUUACGACUGAACAAAAGGAGGAACCUGCUGAUCGUUCGAAAUCAUCCAGUAUCGCCGAUGAAAAACCGGAUAUGAAAGAUGUGUCGGAAACACCGAUGGAAAAGUCGAGAUCUCCGAGUGUCGUUAGCGCUACGACCGAACAAAAAGAACCAAUUGAUCGCUCAAAGUCUCCGAGUAUUGCAGGAGAAAAGAUAGAUUUGAAAGACGUUGCAGAACCUGCGGAUUAUUCAAAAUCGCCAAGUGUAACUGGAGAAAAGCCAGACUUAAAAGAUGUCACUGCAGAAAAAUCAAGAUCUCCUAGCAUUACAGGAGAACAGAAGGAAUCGCUUGACCGUUCUAAAUCUCCAAGUAGUAUCGGUGAGAAGCCAGAUUUGAAGGACGUCACGGAACAACCAGAUGAAAAAUUAAGGUCACCUAGCUCGAUGAGUGCUACGAGUGAUGUAAAGGAACCUGGAGAUCGGUCGAAAUCGCCAAGCAUUGUUGGAGAUAAGCCUGAUCUAAUGGAAGUUAUAGAACAUUUGUCGAUAGAUAAACCUACAUCACCUAGCAUUACGUCUGAUCAGAAAGAACCUGUGGAAAAAGCAAAAUCGCCAACAGCUUUGGAUAAAAAAGAAGAAUUCGACAGGAGCAAAUCUCCCAGCAUAGCUAGCGAAGGGGCGAAAUCAACUGUUACUUCCAAACCAUCCAGUGUUGCUGGAGAUGUGGCGGAUUUGAAAGACGUAUCAGAACCAGUUGACAAAUCCGGAUCGCCCAGUGUAAUAAGUACGACAGGUGAUCAAAAAGAAUCGGUUGAAAAACCGAUAUCUCCUGUAAUUCCUCAUAAAACAGAGGAACCGCAUGACAGUAAAUCUCCAAGCGUGGCAAGUGAAAAGUCUGACGAAAAGAAAUCUGUCGAUGGCUCGAGAGCGACCAGCGUUACAGAUGAAAAGCCAGAUUUUAAAGACGUGAUGGAACCACCAGCCGAUAAGUCCAGAUCAUCAAGCGUUGCAAGCGAGAAAGCGGAAUCACUUGGAAAAACGACAUCUGCUGUCUCUGACAAAUUGGAUCCACCUGUUGAUCGAAGCAAAUCUCCCAGUAUCGCUAGCGAUAAAUCAGACGACAAGGAUGACAAGAUAAGCGUCAAAGAUCAUUAUGAAAGUGCUGGCGAUAAAUCACCGAUUUUUGCCGAUGUGAAAAUGCCACAUGAAAAAGAUGUCGAGGAGAAGCCUUCAACGAUUUUGGGAAAAAUGGACAUGAAAUCAGAUGAUAUUAUGCCGCACGAUACAUCGUUGUUGACAAGCAUUGUUCUUGAUAAACCUUUGGAUAAGCAACCAACGGAGAAAAUAGAUAUUGAAGGAUUAAAAACGACGAGUGAAUUGGAUUUUGUUGAUAAGACAAGAUCGUUAAGCAUUAUCAGCGACAAAACAGAACCGAAGUCACCGUCCGAUGUCUCAAAAUCACCGAGUUUAGUCGAUGACAAGUACGAGCAGAAGGACAAGUCCAGAUCGUCCAGCGUUGCCAGCGAGAGACUUGAUGAUAGUGACAUCAAGAUUUUACAGACAUCAGAAACGAAGGGAGAAGGCUCAAUUUCGCCGAGUUUGGAUACUGGAAAAAUUUCGAAGGACGAAUCUGCUAAAUCGUCGCGAGCCAGUUCGCCAGUGGACAAAACUCCGAAAGAUAAAUCACGUUCGCAAAGCGUCUUUGACGUUGGUGAGAAAACACUGGCCAGUAGAUCUAGAACAGAUAGUUUACUCGAGGACAAGCCGCCAGAGAAAUUGCUUCCUCAGGAAGAAAAGGAUACUUUCAUUCCACAUCUUGACACGGAGAAACCGUUUGACGAAAAAGACGAAUGUAAGAAGGAUAGUAAGAGUCCUAUAACUUCUCCCGAAACAAUCGAGAAACAAAUGCAGAAGAUCCGCGAGAAACGAUUUGCUGAUUUCAAAGAACCGGAUCUCACGCAAUCAAGUAAAAAGGCCAUAGAGAAAUCGACCGAUGAGGAAGAAGAUGUUGUUAAAGUGACAGUUGAGAAGACGGCGGAAAUCGAGAAAUACAUCUUAGAAGAGUUCAUUAUGAGAAAAAGAAAAAUCAGUUUGACAGUGAUCGAGAGAUUGGUCAUGACAUAUUCGGUGCCUCAGUUCGUAGUGAUGGAAAUAAUAGAGGACAUUAUUAGUCGGCAAAAUGUAUCCAGGAGCGCGGUAUUUGACUUCGUUGAGAGCGAGUCGUCCGACUCUCAAUACGAUGUAAAACCAGAAUCGGAAGCGCUGGCGCCGCAAGAGAAAACGGAGAUAGAAGAAUACAUCAUUCGAGAGUUCAUUGCAAAAAAUAAGAAAAUCACGCCGGAAAUCUUGGAAGAAAUAAUUGUUCUGAAAUCUGUGCCGCGGUACGUCCUUAUUACAAUUAUCGAAGAGAUUAUUGUAAUGAGAAAGAUAUCUAGAAACACCGUGAUCGAAGGCGAUCUAGGAGAAUUCGGAGAUACGAGUCUAGAUAUUUCUGAAAAAGGAGAGAAACCGUUCACGCCAAGUAUGGAUUUAGAAAGGAGUGAUGUUACUCGGGAGUACAUCAAGGAUCACGAGAAACCAGGCGACACUAUGAGGGGCGAAAGUCAGGAUGGCAAGACAUCUCCUGUGGGAAGCGGUCAACAUGGCAGAGCGCUUUUUGCCAGUCCCAGCCUGAGUCCGGAGCCUAUUCCUUCCGACAAAUCGACGCAGGACAGUCCAGCUCGGUCAGAGCCGCAUAUUGACGAGGAGAUCUUGAUAUCGGAAGAGAAGCGUAUGGAAAUUGAGAGGCUCUUGGAAGAGGAAUAUAUAAAGAAAGGAAAGAAAAUCACGGAGGCGAUAUUCGAGGAGAUACUCGUCCGGACUUCUCUGCCUAAAUAUAUCAUCUUGGAGAUCGUGGAGGAGAUUAUAGUCAAGAGGAAGAUCCCGAGAGAAUCUGUAAUCGAUGAGGAGAUUUAUCACGAGAGAGAAGAUUAUGAUAAGGCAGUAUAUCGUUACGAGGAAACAGCCGAUUACGAACUACCGCACGAUGCAAGGAAAUCUUCAGUCGAGUACAGAAUGGAAAUGUAUCCGGAAUCCGGUGAACGACAGUUGGACAAGCCUGAUUAUCCGGCGGAAUACGAGAGCCAGUUCCAUAAGGCCUUCGUCGGCGGGAUGACGGAGAUGCGGACGACGCACAUAACCACGCUGUCCGGGAAAUCGACUCCGGAAUUUGCUACGCAGGAAACGACUUCCGUAUCUGGAAUCGAAUCGACCGGCAAAGCAUCCGGCAAAUUACCGGAGUCCACAACUCUGACCACAACUCACAUAACAAAAACAGAUGUGGAAGACACGAAGCCUGUGCAAUCUGCGCAAACUGUCAUAUUGAGAGAAAGCAAGAUCGCGGAAACUGUCGAUAAAGGCGAACCAACGGAGACUACGACAGUUACGCAGGUAGUGAAACAUGAAAUCGGCAAGAGUGGAGAGCCGGAAAUUACGUCCGAUGACCUAAAAAAAUCCGAAUUAGAUAUAUCUGAUGAUCAUGCCGAAUCGGAUGGCGAUGUGAUCGUGGUUAAAAAGAUAAUUAAACGCGAGAUAAUUGAAGGGGAAGAACCCGAAAAAUCAAUUGAAAUCACGAAAGAAGUUGAAGAAGUCAAAUCACAAGAAAUAGCGAAAGAAGUUAAACGGUCAAGUGUCGAACGAGAGAAACCCGAAGCGGUUACCAAUAUUAUCAAACGGGAAAUUGUAGAACAUGACGAGCCGGAAGUGAUCACUAAAGUUGUCAAACGUGAAAUUAUUGAGCAGGAUGAACCUGAAAUUAUUACGAAGACAAUUAGACGUGAGAUCGUCGUUCCUGACGAAGAGAUAAGCGACUCGAAGGAAGAUUCCGGCGAAUAUGUGAAAACGAUUACGACGAAAACAACGAGAACGAUCGUGACAGAGGAAUUACCGGAGACCGAAUUAGCGCAGAUUGAUCCUUCGAAAAUUUAUACGGAUCCUACCUCAGGUACAACUUACAAGGUUAUAAGUGACGAAGAUGCAUCUGAUGCGACAGGUAGUGCCGAUGUCAAGCGAAUUGUAACAACGGUAACCACGAUCACCGGUCCAGAUGGCAAAGUCAUCACGAAGAAAGACGUCAAAGAGAGCACAGACACUGUGGCCAGCGAGGAAUUAUUGGACAAACUGAUAGACUCCAGUAAAAGUACGACGGAAACCAAACCCGCGGAAAAGAUAAUCAAGGAAACAAUCACGAGUGUGACGUCAGGCACUUCGACGCCCGACGUAAAAGCCUUCUACGACUCUGGCAAAUCGACACCUGAUCUCAAACAAGAGGAUAAACUCGAGGCUAAAGAUGUAGAUAAAUCUGAGCAUCCGGUAUCUCCUUUGAUACGAGAACUUAUAUCUGAUGAGAAGAGUUAUUCAGGCAAGUCCUCGCCAGACAUAUCGUUGCCCAAGGAUAUCGUCUUCAGUGGUUCAACCGGCAAAUCUACACCGGAGGUUCCCAUGUCGCCGUUGAUUAGGGACGGCGCUGUGGUCCAACCUCACGUAUCAGGUAGAUCAACGCCCGAUAGAAAAUCCGAUGGUCGAUCGUCAACGUGCACACCGGAAGGGUUCAGGUCGGGCGAGAUGAUCCGAACUAUUGUCACGACUACGAAGACGAUAUCCGAUGAGGGCGAGAUAGUGACGACUACUAGGGAGGUCACGGAGACGACGAAUGAAAAGGGCGAGACGGUCGUGCUGGCGGAGAAGACCGACGUGAAGGUGGACGAACGUCUGCCGAGCAAGGACGCCGCGGAGAGUGCGAUCAGUAACAUCAUCGGCAGCAUCAAAUCCUCAGAAUUGCAACGUAGCGACAGUCCGGGAUCCGAUGACGCGACUAGCGAAAAAGAUCGCGAUCCGAUCAGCCCGUCGAGCGAGCACAGCAGUGUACGUAGCAAAGCCAUGACACAACCCUGGGGUAGCAGCGAGGAGCGGCAGAUCUAUUCCGAUGACGAGCCACCUACCUCGCCUCUCUCUUCGGUCUCCCAAGUCGGAUAUUCGCCACAAGCGACACGUCGCUACGACGAGUCGGCCCCCGGCGAGGAAGAGGAACAGAAACAGAUCGAAUUUUCGGCGGCCGCGAUGAGCAGCAGCUUCUACGGUGAGUUGCCGGCGGUGCCGCCACAGAUCUCCGCCAUGAAGACCUUCCACGGCGAGACCGGUAUGCAAAAGAGUAGCGAUCCCAUUUCUAUUCAUAGCCGAUUUACAGUUGAGAAGGAACCCGUCGGCAGUUAUGGCGAGAAGCCGGAUGCAAAGAAAUAUGUUGACGAAGCCGACCUCGACUUCGACAAGGCUUUGAUGGAGCACAAGGACGUGAAGGAAGCUGGAGGCGGGGCCUUUAGCAGUGGAAUAGCACCUAGAUACACAAAUGGCAGUCUUCGACAUGAAACAGCCGACGAGAAAGAUCAUCCGUCAUCUUCGGUCCGGGAUGAUACUAAGGAUGAAUCGAAAGGUGACUCGAAGAAAGAUCCCUUGGAAGGAUGGGGAACUCCUCUAGGUCUGCCAUCUCCUAAGCCUCCCAAAAAGUUUAAUCUAAAAAGCUCUGCUCAAAUGCCAUCAUGUUCAAGCGAAACGACUUCCGAUACUUUGAACUUCGACGUUAUGAAAGAUUGGGGAGAACCUCUUAGAUUGCCCUCUCCCGCGCCGGUGACUAAUGAAGUGUCAAAUAAAGGAACACCCGGUACACCAAGGAAGGAACGAAAGCAAGCGAGAAAAGUCCAAUCGGAGAAUAUUAAGAAUAAGAAACGCUCGGAAAGUCCCGGUAAAAACGAGAAGAAGAUGAAGGAUUCAAAAAAUAAAGUCCAAUCGGUUUAUAUGGACCUGGCAUAUGUGCCCCAUCAUGGAAAUUCGUACUACACUUCUUUGGAAUUUUUCAAGAGAGUGCGAGCGAGAUAUUACGUUUUCAGUGGAACUGAGCCCAGCCGAGAAGUCUACGACGCUUUGCUGGAAGCUAAGAAAACCUGGGAGGACAAAGAUCUCGAGGUAACCAUGAUUCCGACCUACGACACCGACACUCUGGGUUACUGGGUCGCCGAUAACGAGGAAGCGCUCGCGGCGAACCGCAUAGAUCUGUCACCGUCCGCAUCUCGGUGCACUAUUAAUCUCCAGGAUCACGAGACUAGUUGCAGCGCCUACAGGCUCGAGUUCUAGGGAUUGGCGGCCUGCUCAGCCGUAAUAGUCGAGUUCUGAGCGGCGUCCAGAACGCGUUGUUACUCCGCGCUUUUGGACCCAUUUCCGCGGGAGAAAAAAAAAAUGAAAAAAAAAAAAAGAGAGAAAAAAAGGGUCGAGCGUUAAGGCCGACCUACCGUCCUGUCAGGUGAUUCCUGACCCUCCCUUCUAGGAGACCCGAAAACGAACAGCAUUUCGAAAUUUUUGAGAUUCCCUCGCGGUCGUAGCUCCGCGGCCUAGCAAGAUCGUAGAAAUUCCGUCGAACAAUAUAGAGGCAGUCCCGAGGAAGCGAGACCGACUCGACUUCGAUCGCGAUUCGCAGGUCUCAAGUUGGGAUUGUUUAAUCUAAGUUUAGGACGUUCUCCUUAUUCCUUCGUGAGGAGACGGUGCGGGCGACGAGAAGAGAGAAAGGGGAGAGGGGUGAGAUCGCGGGGGUUUUUUUCUCUUAUACGGGGAUACAAGGUAUAAAUUAAUUACUUACUUCUAAGAAACCAACUACCGAUAGGAAGAAUUCCGCAUUUGAUUAAGGCUCACGCUGCGCUGGCAUAACAACUGGUGCCUAUCAGGCGUCCGACGAAUGUUUGUAUUUCUACACUUUGCACCGUUCGCAGCCCGUAGUGCGCUGAUACCGCCUGCAAAUACCUUAUCGAUCACUAUUCGAGUUCUUAAGGACGUUCUUGUGAAGGUUUUUUCCGGGGGGCUGAAGAAAAGGGGGACGAUGAUCAUGACGUUACACGAACGACGGUCGAUCGCGAAUCGACGAUUACGGUCCGUAAGCGCCGCGGUUCUGCGACAAUCCGUACGCUAGUUACCAAAUACAAAUUGAUCUUAGGAUAUUCUAAUUCUCGCGAUCCGCGUUCAACGAACAAUCGAGACCCUCCUCGCCCGCACUCUCUCCUCGAUCAACAGAUCAAAGUAAAACUUUUAAUAUCUCUCUGACACAGCUGCCGCUUCAAGAGCACCGCGUAGUAUUCAGUGUAUCAGUUAAAAGAAAAAAAGAAAAAAAUGAGAGAAAGAUCCGCAGAUCCGCUUUACGCGGGGAGACGCGUACAUUGGUGAGCGGGACAAAAACGCGCGUUCGAUGGACGCGCGUGUAUCGGGAGGAUUCACCGUUCGUGUCGUCGAUGGACCGCACGGUUUCCAUCGAUGGAGGACACGAGGAGAACGAUCCACGUUUUCAUCUGCAAAACAUUACCCUUCGUUGUUACGUGAUUAACGGUCCCCUUUCUCGUCGUAAAUGUCUAUUCGUGCGUAGGUAAAAAAACGGGGCUAAAUUCCAUCGGGAAGUACUAGGGUAGGAAUUAUCUGUGUGUCGUGUUUCUAUAUCGUAGAGAAUAGAGAUACGCGGAGGAAUGGUGGUCGCGAGGUUUCUGAUCACAGAUUUCGUCGGCUGCGCGAAUUAUCGGAUAUCUGAUCCUGGAACCUCGAUCCUCGAAUCCAGAUAUCCGCAAAUCCGUCGCUGGCGAUCUUGAAAUCAGCGAGAGUGCACUCGCGGAUGUCGAUGAAACUUUUUGUACUUAACUUUCUCUCAACUAGGGCGUUUUAAGCCAAAGCGCGACGAACUGACAAAGAUAGUGAGGCGAUGAGUACAACGACGGACAACGAUGGCGAUUGAUUUACGCGGACGGAGAACAUGUCGAACAUCGCGCUUAUUCGAGACUCUCACUACAUGGGACAUGAUCAUUUCUAGAAAGUCGAUGAUAGGUCUCUCAUUCAUUUUUAUCUCACAGUGAAAGCGUAAAAGGUAUUUACCAUGACUUCCUGAGACGUAGAAGACACGCGUUUACAAGGGAAUAUUCGUAGAGAAUGGUGGUACGUUAACUUCUGCUCAAACAGCACAAAAGUCUAGGAUGUAUGUGCGAGACGUACAUACUACGUGAAUAAUUUCCGGAAAGCCCAGUUCUUUCGGAUAUUCUUUACGACCUUUUAGACACUUAUGCUGUCUGGGGAUACCCCAUCUUUUCUAAGUGAUCGAAAGAGAGAAACAGGUCGUACCAAAUAUUUCGACUCUAAACGUUCUUGUAAUUGUACCUUAAAAACACCCAUCUAAUGCCGACCCCUAGCCCCCUGCGUGCGUACCCCCAGAUCGCAACCAUCGCAUGCCAACGAUGUCGUAUUGAGUCGAUGUAUCGCAUUGAAUUAAAUUCGAAUUAAAAUCAAAAUACGUUGGUUUCGACUCGACACGAGAAAGAUGCGGUGGCUGUGAUUUAGGGACGUAUGGAGCGCAUAUGUAGAAGUGGUUGAUCUCUAUCUGAAAUUACAGGAGAACAUAUAGGCCGGGAGGAGAAUCGAUAUACGGAGAGAGAGGUAAAUAGAAAGACAAGUGCGAUUAAGCGCAAUAUCGAAACUGUAACUUAUAGAGGACACCUUUACUCACCAUUCUCGCGAGAUCCAUCGACGGAAGUAAUAUUUUGACAAAAUUAAU